GGUUCAUGUUACAAAAUGGCGACUCAAUGUCAUUUCCAAGUCGAGUCGAUAUUGUUUUGGGAUAAAAAUGAAAUUAGUUAUCAUAAACAUGCGUAGACGUAGAAACUUCCAUAAAAUGAGUAUUUCUUGUAGCCGCCUGUUGUCUUGAAAGUUAAGGAACUUUGAACAUGGCGGAGCUAUUUCGCUCCGCGUUUAACUACAUCAGUCAAACUGGGAAAUCGGGAAAUGACUUUGUCGGACAGUACGUGGAACUCGGGCCUGUCCAACUUCGAGUCCGGAAAGUUGUCGCAGAAGGUAAGACAGUCAUCGUUUUUAUUAGACAGUGUUUAUCCUUAACUCGCUCAGUUAAUAAAUUUACUGCAGAAACUACAUCGUACCAGGAAGCCCAAAAACAUGCCGGAAUUCGCGUGCAGUGAUACUUGUGCAAACAACAAAUUUUAAACCUGAUUUACACUUUUUCUAGGAGGUUACGGGUUCGUUUUUGUCGCCCAAGACACAUCAACAGGAAAAGAAUAUGCUUUAAAGGUAGGUGUUUUUACUGAUUAUUUUUGCUUAUAAGUUUACUUUUAAUGCCUUCUGUUUGUUAUCAAAUAUAUAAGGAAACAGAGGAAACCUGAUCGUUUUACGUAACACCGUAGUGCUAUAAAUCAUGCAAAAGAUUGAUAGAUCACCAUGAGUUUGUAAAACAGGUUAAGUUACACGUCACUUGUUCAUUUGUUGUGAGUAAAAUCAUGAAACCAACUGUUAUCAGAUAGAACAUUUGUGCAAUUUUGUGCAUUGCAGAAAACUUCAGUAGUAUUUAUUAAUUUUAUUUUGUAACAGUUUAUUUUGAUUAUUAAAAUAAUUUAACACUUGUUACAGGUUUCCAUUAAAAUUAUUGUAGGUAUCUCACUGUUGUCAUAAUAAUAUAAACUGUAGACAGGUAUAAAAUUAACACAUUCAUAGCUUUUGUCACUAUGAGUGAAAAUAGUGUAGUACAUAUAUUUUUUUUCUACUUGGCCAUUCGGCAGUUCCUGCAUUAAGUUUUUCUGACAGGUUUUCAUUCUCCACAAGCAACUUUUAUCAGGAAGAAAGCUUUCUCUAGUUGCUGUUUUCUCGUCAAGAAAGUGAGUCCUGGCCGUUUUAAUAUAUUUUUUUGACAUAUUUUUUUCAGCGACUCAUGGCUGGUGACGAAGCAGCAAAUAAAGCCAUUCUCAAUGAAAUAACAGUCCUUGUAUCCUUUUCAAAAAUAAUGUAACACUCUCUAGUUUGCAUAUAUUCUAUUCUUUUCAUAAAUAAUCCAAAUUACAAUGGAACCCUGUCAUAAGACUAUGCUGUUAUUGGAAAACACUUUUUCUGGUUUGAACAAAAGUCCACUAGCUUCUUCUUGUUCUACAGCCUCGUUAAUACAUUGUCCUCACUGUCAUUAUGACAAAAAAUAGGCUUGGCAAAACUUACCUACAAGCUACAGUGAAACCUGUAUUAAGCGGACACCCUCAGGGAAUGCUGUAGUGUCCGCUUAAUACAGGGUGUCCGCCUAAUACAGGUUUCAAUAAAUAACAACCUAUGAGGUGUCAAAUGCCAUUCAAAUAAACAGUGGAAAUGUUUAGAAUACUCCAAGAGACAAUGACGAUAUACGCUUGCAUUAAUUUCUGUAUUACAGUGGACCAAUAAUUGGUCAUAGUAUCAUAAACAUAGAUUGCAACUCAAUUUGAAGAAAUCAGAUGAGUGAAACAAGCUCUAUAAAGACAAAGUGAAAUAGAAAACAAUACUGUACUGUGAAAGUAAUCAAAUAAGUUAGUCAAGUCAGGUUUUUUAAUGUACAAAUCGAAAACCAUGUGGGUGGCAACUUAAUACAGGUGCUGCUUAAUAAAGGUUUCAUUUAAAGUAAAUAAGGGAAAUAAAUUUGGGGACUUCGACCACUGUCCGCUUAAUAGAAAGUGUCUGCUUAAUACAGUGUAGUUUGUGGUUUUGUGGCUUGCUUCUAUAUCCUGAUCUUUGCUGCUGAUCGGUGAUUGCCUGAUUGGUCAUACACAAUAAACUUUCCUGAAUCAGAUGUUCACAGUUUUCUUAUCUUGAUGGUAAAUUGACAAAUAUUGAAUAAGAUACCCUGUUAGCAGAGUGAACUAGAGAAAGACUCUGCUGAAUCAAAUAAGAUCAUUGUUGAGCAUGUGCUGCUUGUUGCCAGGAUACAAUUUUGAACUUACGGUCAGUCUCCACGAAUUAAAAGUCUAGAAUGCUUGAUUGCUUGAUUGUUUUAGCCUUAAACCAACAACAAUGACAAGAAUAUCAGACACUUUCAUGACUGCAGAGCCUGGGCAAUCAGGGUUGUCAAAGUAGCCAGCUGCUGGCAAAAAUCACUGCCUACUUGGUUAGUAACAGCCAGCUACUCUGCUUGCUUUUUUAACGGAUGGCGUUUUUUAAAUAGGAUAUCCCUGGACUGGCCGCUUACUUUGACAUUUGAGCCGUCUACUUCAAAACUUUUUCUGACAACCCUGGCAAUACCUCACAACGCUGAUAGGCAGUGAACUCAUGUUUUUUUGAGAAGCACACUCUGUAGUACCAUUACUACAAUGUAUUUGUCAGCAUUCUGGGUCAACGCUAUUAAAAACUGAACUUUGGUGACAUUGAGUAAUUCGUGGGGGAGGGGAGCGGUCACUUACCACAAACAGAAAAUAUAAGAAUACAGUGCAACCCUGAUAAUGGGACCACUGUUGGCCCAUAAAAUCCUGGUCAUAAUAACAUCGUAUUAACGGGAUCUUCAAGAUAGUGAAAUGACCAGUGUUUCUUACAAAAUAAUGUACGUUUGAGUUGGUAUAAGGCAGGGUUCCAUUGUGUUUUAAAUUUCUGGCCUUAAAAUCUGAGAAAUUGUUGCUUACAAGAGAGUUUUUAAAACAGAAUUCAAGUCAGAAACAUAACGGUUAUUUACAAAGAGGUCACUUGCGAGAGGUGGUCGCUUACAAGAAGUGGUUGCUAUGAGAGAGUUGACUGUGCUAAGCUGUGUGCUAGGUACAGCAGGCUCAGUUAUAACCACUGGUUUAUAUUCACACUUGGAAAACCAGUUUGAUGAUAGAGAACAAGAUUGACUGGUCCAGGAGUUUGGGCUUGAGACAAUCUAUUCUGAGCCUCUUUUCCCCUGCUCACUUAACCCUUUAAGCCCUAAGAGUGAUCAGCAUCAAAUUUCUCCUUGUAAUAUCAAUGCUUUGUAAAACAGAGUGGUCGUGAGAAUUACGGACAUGAUCACUCAAAGGGGUGACGAAUGGUAUUUGCGAGCAUUCCUGAGCAUGCCAAGCACUGCAACUUUUUUGCGAGCUGGAGCAGAAAUAAAAAAUUUGCUCUGCGAGAUUGCGAGCAACGUAAAAAUUGGGGGAGCACGAGCAAGCGAGCACUGGUUUAAAUUUUGCGAGCAAAUCAAGCAAAGGUAAAAUUUUGCGAGCAGUUAAAAAUUUUAAUGGACCAUUCAUCACCCCUACACAAGAUGAAUUUGCUUGGUAUUUUAUCAACUUCUCCCCACUAUUUCUGUAGGAAAUGAAUAGAGGCAACAAAUGAGAAUUCAAAUUUUGAUCUUAGGGUUUAAAGGGUUAAGAAGGCAAAAGGAGGCUCUGCCUCUCUGGGUUGUCUUGUCAGAAGAUCAACAAUCAGACUGAAAUUAUUUGCCAUCAGUGACAUGGUUUUGAUUGGCUUAGAACCAUUUUGUGGUGGAGUAAAGCACAGUUAAACCUUAAAUUAUUAAACUGCCACCUUUGAGGAAGGGACAGAUGGUUUCUUAAUAAGCGUUAGUUGUUCAACAGAAGUGCUGUUCACAGUGAUGUACAGACAAUUUAAUUGGUAUUAUCUCAUUACUCUGGUUACCAUCAACCUAAACAGGGUAACCAACAUUUUAUGGUGUAGCGAGUGGUGGUCAGGGUUGCACUGUGGUGAAUGAACUUGAUACACUGUAGAAUAAACAAUGUUAGUCACCCUUAACAGCUUGCAGAAACGUCUUCGAGGACAUCCCAACAUAGUGCAGUUCUACUCUGCUGCAUCUCUCAGUGAAAAAGAAACUGAGCAUGGCAUGUCUGAAUAUCUCAUCUUAACUGAGCUCUGCAGUGGUGAGUACUUUGCUCUUAUUAUUUCUAGGUACACGUACACGUAGCAAAAAAAACAGCGGCAGCUAGGUUGAUCCCAGUAGUGAAGGCAUAAGUUAUACAAAAUUAAUUAAUCAUUAUUAAAAUUUUAAUACACUGUACAUUUGAUGCAGGGCACAAAAACGUAUUGUCCAGUAGCCAGGGGUUUCAGUGGAGCAACCCAUCCAUAGGGAGUCGUCCAAUGGGUAAUCAACAUUAUCGUAAGGGGUUUGGUACGUUAUUGUACAGUGUAGGACUGCAGCAUGGCUGCUCGGGGCAAGUAGUGACAGCUUGCCCAAGCGAUCGAUUCUUUGAAUUUUCAUCACACCACAAUUUGAUUUUUUUUUUUAACCAGGGAUUAUUGGGCUAAAUGCUGUGAUGUCUAGCAUGCAAUUCUUUUAGUGCUUUUUUGAAGCUUUAGCUCCAACUUUGCAAUCCACCAGUGGAAAACUGGUUUCCUUGUCAUUUGCUUUUACUAAUUUCAAAAAAUUCAAUCACUCAUCAGGAGGAGAGUUGAUAAAACUGUUGCAGGAAAGAUAUGGCCAACCGUACGCACCAGAUAAAGUACUGAAGAUGUUUUAUCAGACGUGUCGUGCUGUCGCUCACAUGCAUAAACAGACACCACCAGUUAUACACAGGGACUUAAAGGUGCAUAAGAACUUCAUUACACUGUACACUGUACAUUCUGUUGAGUCUACUGUGGUAGCUCAAUAUCUUUACUGGCAUUCUAUGCAGAUUUCAAACAAAUGGUGUUAUCUAAGGCUAGACUCUAGUGCAACACUAUAUUACCAGUACAUGCAUUUGUCCCCAAAUUCCUUGAGUAACACUUUCUUGUUUGUACUGAAAGAUGUUGAUAUUAUUUUCUGAUAUUGUCGUUACUGUGUUAGUCUACAAUGUUCUGAUUUGAUUGGUUUU